AAGGAUAACAUUCAGCACCGUGGCCAGUACCUCGCUUUGUCUUCAAAAUACAUUAGCAGUUCCUGUUUUGACAACACCUGCGAAGUAACGCGAAUUUUAACUUAGGUUUAGCCUGUACCUAAGCGAAUGAAUGAAAUUUCCAGAGAGUGUUCAUAAUUAGAAAGUAAAUAUUCGCUUACCACGAAAAGUGAAGACUUGCAACAGGGCUAAGGAUGCAAUACACUGGGAUUCCCUUGUUGCAAAACAGGUUGGAUUGGAAGUUACGCAGAGUCUGUCACAUGUGAGCUAAUCUUAUGUAUUUCCAAUAUUAAUUUAUUUGUAGCACUGUAGUGAACUACCCCGAUUACAGACAGUGCGCUUGCUAUAACAACGCCAAUCUCAAUAUACUGUAGAGAACUUUACUUGGAUUUCCUGGCAGUAUUACGGUCCAUGAAUUUCACAUUUCCGUCCUUUCAUCUAUUAAAUGCGAAUAGACCACUCUCAACCCAGUCCUGUAGGGCGGUAAUGCGGUGAAUUGCGCCACCUGCUUCGGUUCAAGUCCUCAUCAUUCUCAUUCGAGUUGGCCGAGUGCGAAGAUGAAGAAGCAGAACGUUCGGACCCUGUCUCUGAUCCUCUGUAUGUUUUCUUACCUGCUUGUGGGAGCUGCGGUAUUCGAUGCUCUGGAAUCUGAAUCUGAGAGCUCCAGGAAAAGAAUCUUAGAGCAGAAACGUAACGAGAUGAAGAAAAAAUACCGGUUCUCCGAGGCUGACUACCGAGAGAUUGAGCGCGUGGUUUUGCAAGCGGAGCCCCAUCGUGCUGGGAGGCAGUGGAAAUUCGCAGGGUCAUUUUACUUUGCCAUAACCGUCAUCACUACAAUAGGUUAUGGGCAUGCUGCACCUGGCACAGAUGCUGGCAAGGUGUUCUGCAUGUUCUAUGCAGUCCUGGGCAUUCCACUGACGCUGGUGAUGUUUCAGAGCCUGGGAGAGAGGAUGAACACCUUUGUGCGCUACCUGCUGAGGAUGGCCAAGGAGUGCCUGGGCAUGAGGCGGACAGAGGUCUCUAUGGAGAACAUGGUUCUGGUAGGCUUCCUGUCCUGUAUUGGGACCCUAGGCAUAGGGGCAGCAGCUUUCUCCCACUUUGAAGGCUGGACCUUCUUCCAUGCAUACUACUAUUGCUUCAUCACCCUCACCACCAUUGGUUUUGGGGACUUUGUGGCACUCCAGAAGAAGGAGGACCUGCAGGAGAAGACGCCUUACGUGGCCUUCAGCUUCAUGUACAUCCUGGUGGGGCUGACCGUCAUCGGGGCCUUCCUGAACCUGGUGGUGCUCCGCUUUCUCACCAUGAACUCUGAGGACGAGCGGCGAGACGCGGAGGAGCGGGCGUCGGUGAAGAGGGAGAGGGACAUGGUGACCCUGUGCAUGGGCGAGGACGGACGCAGCAGGAGCACCCUCUUCCUCCCCAUGGAGGAGGGCACCAGCCGCACCAACCUCAUUCCCUCCCCGGCCGAGGAGCAGGAGGCUCCCCGGCAGAGACCGCGGCCCCUAAAGCCCCAGUCCCGCAUCAGCUCCUUCUGCUCCUGCAUGUGCUACCGGCUGGGCGCCUGCGACAGCCCCGCUCCCUCGCACCACGAGCACCUGGGCUGCCACACCAACUCCGUCUACUUCAACUCCAUCUCCUACAGGAUUGAGGGCGGGCUGUCCGGCACCAGGGACAACACAGGCCAGUCUUCCCCGGGCAGCACCCUGUCCCCUGGACGCUGCAGCUUCAGGGAGUUCCUGCGCACAAGGAGGAAGUCUGUGUAGCCUCCCCCCCCUCCACAGCCGCUCCACGAAGACGCUGCAUUUAUUUUUUUACACAACAGAGACAAGGUUUGAGCUUUAUAAACAAGGAGCAUUUUCAAAACUAGAAUUUGUAAAGCAGAUAUUUAGAAACUAGCAUACUGUACAACAGGUUGUGGGCGCAAUCUUUAAAAAAUAUUUUUACAGGUAUAAUGAUUCUUACUGGCCUCAGCAUUACAAUGCUAUUAUUAUUAUUAUUAUUAUGUUGACAUUCCCACUUGCAGAAAACACUGGGGAAUAUAUGGCACAUUGGGAAGUGGGACAUGAUAUUGGUUAUUUCAUAGUAAUAAUAGUCAUUAUAAGUACUGUCAUCAUUGUCAUGAUUAUCAUACUAACUAAUCCAGUGAAGAUUAUUAUAAUUAUGACUGUGAUUACUACUCUGAUUAUUAUUGUUUUUAUUAUGCAGCAUGUAGACAUGAGGCAUGGAGUAUUAUCAGUAAAAGGAGCAUGGGUGAGAAACUGGAACAUGUGCAUCUAUAAAAUACCCAAAUAAAGUGUAAGUGCUGUAGUUGAGUGAGGGAAUACAGAAUGCACACGGUUCUUCGCUGUUACUGUAUUUUUAUUAUAGAUUGAUGAGCCUCUGCGCGUGAAGCUUAUGGAUAAGAAGCGAAAUGCCUCUGGCGUCCGUAUUUAGCAGACAUCUUCUAGAGGCCGUCGUUAUAUUUUCAUGAAGAGAUAUUCUGAGAAUGUAGUCUGCGAAUUACAGAAAAAGGCUUUCAAUAAUUCAUACGAAAGUGUAAUUAAUAAAUUAUUCCAUUCCAUGUUAUUUGCUGUAGGCCUUCUAUAUAUGUAGCACCCUUCAUGUUAAUGUGCAGAGAGAACUCGGGUAAGUAUGUAUCUUAUUUUAAAUGCACAAAUUUAUGUGCCAUGAGGUAGACAAAUCAUAUUUUUCUCAAGUGACUCGCUCACCCAUAGUCCUCAGCCUCUUGCAGCUAAGAGUGUCUGCAUGCCUUUUAUAGGAUAACAAGGUCCUGCAAGCAGUACAUACCAGAAGUACAGUAUCUUGUGCAGGCUGGUCUUGCUGGAACAUGCAAUCAAAAUGAUGGUCCUUUUUCAGAAUUUGAAAUGUUGCAUUCCAAUUGAAUAUCAGCAACUUGUUUGAUAUAUUGUAUUUGCUGUGUUUUCCAGAAAUUACCAUAAUUAGGAUAUAUGUGAAACAAACUGUAGUUUUUGUUUCAUUGUAUGCGCAUAUAAUAUGCGUAUCGCAUUGUGAGUGACUCCUAAGAAUCACUCUCUCAGUGGUAAGGAAAGGUUGAUCCAGGCAUCUGUGCUAAGGAACGGCACUGUGGGUAAUGGUCACUUUUAAUCAUUUUGGAGGAAAAAAAUCAAAUGAAACGGGAGGGGGGUGGGGGAGAUGUCCUAACUCUUCUGUUGCUAUAGUGAGGAAUCAGACAGUGUUGCAAACUCUGUCUUGCAUAAGCUGGGAAAAUCAGUGAUGAAUUUCUGGAAGGUAAAAUGGAUUUAAUAGUGCCUUUUGAAUUCAAGGGUAAGCUUCCAGUUUUAUUUAUUAAUGUGGUUUUGCUUGUAUUGCGCCCCAUCUGAUGUCUUGGGAGAGCUCAUCCUAAAGGCUCUUUUUAGCUUUUGGUACUUAAUAUUACUAUUUGUGAUUUGUUUGCUCAGUCGAAGUUGGACAUUUUUCAACUUGCACUUAAUUUAUAAUUGUACAGAUUAUUAGCUCAUUAUGGUUAAGAUUUAUUGUAUAAUGUAUCAAUAAUGGUCAGUUGUUUAUUGCAAAGGCCCUGCUUGCUGAAUAAUUCCUGCAUGUUCAGAGGGGACAUUGUUUUGUAUCCAAUUUGUUGUUUCCUUGGAAUAAAAUUUGUGUCCUUGA